AUGUCAGGAUUUACUGGACCUACACUGCUGCCUGUGCCAGUGAAGGAGAUAAAAGAAGAAGAGUUUGAUGAUUUCCUUCAAGAGUAUCUGUCUACAGUUCAGAAGGAAAACCCUGGAGAGGAUCAUGUGUGCAAGACUGAAACAAACAUGUCAGACAUCAUGGACAUUAAAGAGGAGGAAGAGGCUGAUAGUUUCAAGACAAAGGUGAAGGUCACCAUCCAUCAGCGCACACAUACUGGAGAAAAGCCAUAUCAGUGCACUGACUGUGGAAACACUUUUAGACGUAGAUAUAGCCUCAAGACACACCAGAGGAUCCAUACUGGAGAAAAACCAUAUCAGUGCACUACAUGUGGGAAGAGUUUCAAUACUAAGAGAGAGGUCACCAUCCAUCAGCGCACACAUACUGGAGAAAAGCCAUAUCAGUGCACUGACUGUGGAAAGGUUUUUAGUCAAACAUCUAGCCUAAAGGCACACCAGACCAUCCACGCAGGAGAUAAGCCAUAUCAGUGCACUGACUGUGGAAACACUUUUAGUCGUAGAUCUCACCUCAAGACACACCAGAGGAUCCAUACUGGUGAAAAGCCAUAUCAGUGCACUACAUGUGGGAAGAGAUUCAGGGAGAGCGGUUCUCUUACUAAACAUCAGCGCACACAUACUGGUGAAAAGCCAUAUCAGUGCACUGACUGCGGAAAGGGUUUCAGUCAAAUGAGCAGUCUCAAGACACACCAGAUGACCCACACAGGAGAAAAGCCAUAUCAGUGCACUGACUGCGGAAAGAGUUUUAGUCAAAUGAGCAAGGUCACCUUCCAUCAGCACACACAUACAGGAGAAAAGCCAUAUCAGUGCACUGACUGUGGAAAGGGUUUUAGUCAAAUGAGCAGUCUCAAGAGACACCAGAGUAUCCAUACAGGAAAAAAGCCAUAUCAGUGCACUGACUGUGGAAAGGCUUUUACUUUAAUGAGCAGUCUCAAGAGACACCAGAGUAUCCAUACAGGGAAAAAGCCAUAUCAGUGCAAAACAUGUGGGAAAAGUUUCAGGACUAAGACAGAUGUCACUGUCCAUCAGCGCACACAUACAAAAGAU